UUUGACACAGCCGAGGGGAAGAGACCCGCGACUUCCGCUGGAAGUGGGGCCCUGUGGUUCCGGCCGGCGUGAGUGAGCGAGUUUGGCUUCUUUAAGAUGGCGGCUGCGGCGGGCUUGGAGUUCCAGCGCGCCCAGUCUUUGCUCAGCACUGACCGUGAGGCUUCCAUCGGCAUCCUGCACUCCAUAGUGAAGCGUGAUGUCCAGGAAAAUGAUGAAGAAGCUGUGCAAGUCAAAGAGCAGAGCAUCCUGGAACUGGGGAGUCUGUUGGCCAAGACUGGACAAGCAGAAGAGCUUGGAGGACUUCUGAAGUAUGUGCGUCCUUUCUUGAACUCCAUCAGCAAGGCAAAGGCAGCCCGCCUGGUUCGGUCCCUGCUAGACCUGUUUCUAGAUAUGGAGGCAGCAACAGGGCAAGAGGUCGACCUGUGUCUGGAAUGCAUUGAAUGGGCCAAAUCAGAGAAGAGGACGUUCCUGCGCCAAGCUCUGGAGGCAAGGCUGGUGUCUUUGUACUUUGACACUAAAAGGUACCAAGAAGCAUUGCAGUUAGGCUCACAGCUUUUACGGGAGUUGAAGAAGAUGGAUGACAAGGCCCUGUUAGUGGAAGUGCAGCUGCUAGAGAGUAAGACCUACCAUGCCUUGAGCAACCUGCCAAAAGCAAGAGCAGCAUUAACCUCCGCCCGAACCACAGCCAAUGCCAUCUAUUGCCCUCCCAAGUUACAGGCGGCACUGGAUAUGCAAUCGGGUAUCAUCCAUGCAGCGGAAGAAAAGGACUGGAAGACGGCAUAUUCUUAUUUUUAUGAGGCAUUUGAGGGUUAUGAUUCCAUCGACAGCCCCAAAGCCAUCACAGCGUUGAAAUAUAUGCUGCUGUGCAAGAUCAUGCUGAACUCGCCUGAGGAUGUGCAGGCAUUGGUGAGCGGAAAACUUGCUCUGCGGUAUGCAGGCAGACAGACAGAAGCACUAAAAUGUGUUGCACAAGCCAGUAAGAAUCGAUCACUGGAAGAUUUCAAAAAGGCUCUGAAAGAUUAUAAAGUGGAACUCAGGGAUGACCCCAUUAUCAACACACAUUUGGGCAAACUCUAUGAUAACUUAUUGGAACAAAACCUGAUCCGGGUCAUUGAGCCUUUCUCCAGAGUGCAGAUUGAACACAUAUCUAGCCUUAUCAAGCUGUCUAAGGCGGAUGUGGAAAGGAAACUCUCACAGAUGAUCCUAGACAAGAAAUUCCAUGGGAUCCUUGACCAAGGCGAAGGGGUCCUGAUUAUUUUUGAUGAACCGCCAGUAGACAAAACAUAUGAAGCUGCUCUGGAGACAAUUCAGAAUAUGAGUAAAGUAGUGGAUUCCUUAUACAACAAAGCCAAGAAGCUAACAUAGAGUUGGGAACUGUUGGCUGUUGCUUUGGAGAGUGGGUGCGUGAAACCUUUUCGGGGGGGACAAAAGGCUAGAAGACUGGCGGUUUUUUGUUUCCCCCCCUUUGCUCUACUUUUCACUUGGAAAGUUUUAAGACUUCCUCAUCUGAUCCAUCUUGUCUAUACAAUUGUGUGUUCCAGUUUCCAUGUAACCUUUUACCUGCUGAACUUUGUACUGGGAUGGGGAAAUAAUAAUGUUUAAAAAAAGAAGAAAAGAAAAUGUUUCUUUGGGAGGGGUGGGUGGGAAGGAAGCAAUGGCAGGAUCCUAAAUAAAAGGAGAGAGGCUUACGCUACCUUAAAAAAAAAAAAGUGCUUCCCAUUUUCUUGAGGGUGGCAAAGGGGCGGGUUAAGGUGGGUUUUUUGUCUCUUGUAGGAACUUGGCCACCAGAGGCUGCUUCAUAUGUGAACAAAAUCCCUACACAGAAGGUGCUUCUCAUGUACGUUGUAAUAUAACAUGAUUAUAAACAUGUGUGCUUACAUUGAGAAGCCAUGACUGACAGUAGCUUCUUGCCAUGUGGGCACACAGCAAGAGUUUACCUGUGGAUUUCCCACAAACUCCCUCCAUAAUAUUGCCUUCAGUUUAGGAAUUUUGUCAUCUGUGAAGCAGUCAGUUAGAAAGCAGGAGCUGUGUUAGCCUCGUGUUCAGAACUCAGACUUCAGGCAGCCAAAGUGAGAUUGGUUUGCUAUCCCACAACCGCCUGCUGAACACUACACUACUGAAGAAUCGGUUAAAAAAUAUUAAAGGCCUCCCUUACCCUUAAAUAGUCUCCAUUUUGAAUUUUCUGAGGCCUUAACAUGUAGAGUCUGCUUGAAUAAGUUUUUCUAUGAUCAUAAAAAGGCAAGAGAUGGCUAUAGCUGCUUUUGAACAGUGGCUCUGAAGGCUUCGUAGUUCUGAACUGCAUGCUGUGUCUUCUCUUAAAAAGGCUAAAAUGUACUUGCCUUUAACUUCACAAAAUAUGCUGUUGGAAGAACAAUUGAGCUGCUUUCUCCUGAAAUGUUGACUCUUUCCAGAGAUGAACCUCUUAGAAUUUACAGCCGGCUGUUUUUGGACCACCCAAAGGCUUUACCUUUUUGCGAUCCCUUGAACAUCAAAAAUGAGCCACUGAGGGCCAGGUUACACAUUCCACCUGCCAUGGGGGUGCACAAAACAGCACUCGCAUGGUGAGUUAUUUCCCCUGCCAUCCUUGUAGUAACACCUAGGCGUAUAUGCCAUGUGAUCCAAGGUCACGACAUUGUGUCCCCCACCAACAGCAGCCAAUGAUGUAGAAUGGGGUCAGGAAAGCUCACAAAGUGAUGACAUCACAUGGCGAGCACUCCUAAACUACAUCACCAACUGGCAGCCCCAGGACCAAAUCUGUCCUCCUGUUCCCUCAGAGGCCAGAGGGUGUGUUUGUGGAGGAAGCACUGACUGUUGGGUUUGCUCGUAGUCCACUUUGGGGAAUGGUGUUGGGAGGGAUCCUAGCCUGCCACUCUUGGUUAUCUUAAGGUGACCUUCCAGUAAAAUGAGUUACUGACCAGAACUCUAGAUAUCUUGGCAGAGAUGAGGAGAAUGUUCCACUGGGGGACCAUUUUUAAUGGCGUCCCUGUGGCAGGUUUAAAGUGUACUUUGGCUCUAAGCCUAGCUCUUUUCAAUUGCAGGGAAACAGUUUGGGUGUUGCUCUUCUGUGGGAGAGGCAAGGUGGUGGUGACCCUGGCAUCAUAUGUCAUUGAAUGAUGAAGUUAUAUUUAAGGUGUUGCUGAUAUCUGAGUAGUGUAACCUUCUGCAUCGCUGCCCUCAUCUUCAAUUUCCUUUCUUUCCAUGCUUCUUUACACUUAUUUUGUAAAACAAUUCUCCUCUACCAAGAAAUAUUUUUGCAUUUGCAUGAAAUCUCUCAACUGGCUGAAUCUUUUUCCUGCUGCUUUCCCUUUUCUAUCCUCCCUGCACUGUAAUGUUCUUUAACUUUCCUCUCUCUGUCUCGGCCAGUCAGAUGUUCUGAGGAGGUGAAUUCUUUUUGGUCUUGGGGAGGGUUUUGGCACCAUGAAUUUCAAAUGUACAAAUGGUUCACGCUAACACACACCAGGUAUAUCUGAUGUUCAGAUGGCAUACAAAUAAAAAAAAAUCUUUUUUUCAAAAA